ACAAUUUCCAUGUCUGCUCGUCACGAUGCUCUAUGGUUCUUGAGGAAGAUGAAAAGAAGUUACCGAGUCCCAAAGAAGACAAGUGGCCAUUUUUUGAACCUGUCCCGGAUGACCUUAACCGGGUCUUAUCCAGGUUUCUCCGAGACCCGGAAACUCGGAAACUUUCUUCUGAAUUCUACGAGAAAGCUAAGGAGAACUCAGAGUUGAGGACCACCAAGCAUCUGAUCAAUUACUUGGUGAGUUCCAAGAAUUGGGACUUGCUCGUCUCACUUUGUGAGGAUCUCAGGGAACAUAAAGCAUUGCCUGAUGCGCAAACGUGUUCGAAUCUGAUUAGGAGUUGCAUCAGAGAAAGGAAAUUCCGAAUCACACAUUGCUUGCUUAGCGUAUUUAGAUCAGACAAAUCAUUGGCGGUGUCUGCAUCUGAUGCAGCGAUGAAAGGCUUCAACAAACUACAGAUGUAUAGUAGCACGAUUCAAGUGUUUGAUAGGUUGAAACAAUCUGUGGGAGUUGAACCAAGCCCGGGCUGUUAUUGCAGGAUAAUGGAGGCUCAUGAGAAGAUUGGUGACAAUCAAAAGGUGGUUGAGUUAUUUCAAGAGUUUAAGAGUCAGAGGUUGAGUUUCUUGGCCAAGGAAUCAGGCAGUAUCUACACGAUUGUAUGCUCGUCCCUUGCAAAAUCAAGACGGGCAUUCGAAGCUCUAGAGGUUUUGGAGGAGAUGAAGGAUAAAGGAAUUCCGGAAAGUAGUGAAUUGUACUCUAUGCUGAUCCGUGCCUUUGCGGAAGCACGAGAGAUUGUAAUAACCGAGAAGCUAUUCAAAGAAGUAGGAGGGAAGAAACUGUUGAAGGAUCCAGAAAUGUGUUUGAAGGUUGUACUGAUGUAUGUCCGAGAGGGAAAAAUGGAGAGAACUCUAGAGGUUGUGGCAGCAAUGAGAAAGGCCGAAUUAAAUGUCACUGAUUGCAUACUCUGCGCGAUUGUGAAUGGAUUCAGUAAACAAAGAGGUUUUGCUGAAGCAAUUAAGGUUUAUGAAUGGGCUAUGAAGCAAGAAUGUGAGGCUGGGCAAGUGACUUACGCAAUAGCCAUCAAUGCAUAUUGUCGGCUUGAGGAGUACGAUAAGGCUGAGAUGUUGUUUGAUGAGAUGGUGAAGAAGGGGUUUGACAAAUGUGUUGUCGCAUACUCAAACAUAAUGGAUAUGUAUGGGAAAACACAGAGGCUAAGCGAUGCAGUGAAACUCAUGGCUAAGAUGAAACAAAGAGGGUGUAAACCCAACAUUUGGAUUUACAAUUCCUUAAUUGAUAUGCAUGGAAGGGCUAAGGACUUAAGGCGGGCUGAAAAGAUAUGGAAAGAGAUGAAGAGGGCGAAGGUGUUGCCGGACAAGGUGAGUUACACUAGUAUGAUCAGUGCAUAUAAUAGAGCAAAGGAGUUGGAGAGAUGUGUGGAGCUUUACCAGGAGUUUAGGAUGAACAGAGGAAAGAUUGAUAGGGCCAUGGCAGGAAUCAUGGUUGGUGUAUUCUCCAAAACCAGCAGGAUUGAUGAGCUAAUGAGGCUGUUGCAGGACAUGAAAGUCGAAGGAACCAGGCUUGAUGCGAGGCUAUACUCAUCAGCUUUGAAUGCUCUCCGUGAUGCUGGUCUCAAUUCCCAGAUUAGAUGGCUACAAGAAAGCUUUGAUGCUGCACAGACUAGUGCUUCAAGAUAUUCAAAUACGAAGAACACAAGAACUUUAAGUUGAAAGGGAAACUGUACAAGCCAAGAUUUUUUUGUAAUUAAAUGUACUAUAUUGCCAAUAGAGAUCUGCUAUCUUGCAAAUAGAAGAUUUCCAGCUGAAGUUGUAAAGCCUUAAUGAAAGCUUGGAAUUUCC